UUGUGGCUGGUGAAAACAGGGAUUUGUUAGAACGUAUCUUCACCAACACAUUGCAUAUACUUGUUUGCAGUAGUCUUACCAGGAUUCGCCAGACAAAGUCAGCUCACAAGCCAUGAAGUUGCAUCCUGCCAUUUUUGCCUUGCUGUGGUGUGUUGCUGCUAGCCUGACGUGGGCUGCCAAAAUCGUUGUUGUGCCUCCUAUCAUGUUUGAGAGCCACCUAUACAUCUUCAAGACUCUGGCUUCUGCCUUACACCAAGAAGGACACGAUGCUGUCUUUCUUGUUUCAGAGGGCCGUGAGGUGCCCCCAUCUCAUCACUACCGCUUUCAGCGAUACCCAGGCAUCUUUAACAGCACCACAGCCGAUGAUUUUCUACAGUCCAAGAUGAAGAACAUCUUCUCAGGACGUCUAACUGCGCUAGAACUCUUUGACAUCUUGGAGCACUACUCCCAGAACUGCGACCUUAUGGUUGGAAACCAGAACCUCAUGUCUCGCCUCAGGGAAGAAGAUUUUGACCUGGUCCUGGUCGACCCCAAUGAGAUGUGUGGCUUUGUCAUUGCUCAUCUCCUAGGGGUGAGGUAUGCAGUCUUUAGCACAGGUCUGUGGUACCCAGCAGAAGUAGGGGCUCCAGCCCCCUUAGCAUAUGUUCCUGAAUUUAACUCCCUUCUCACAGACAACAUGAACCUUUUCCAAAGGAUUACAAACACUGCCGUCUACUUGGUCUCGCGCUUUGGGGUGAAGUUUUUAGUACUGCCUCGGUAUGACCAAAUCAUGAAGAAAUAUGACAUACAGCCAGAGGCGUCAAUGUAUGACUUGGUUCAAGGAAGCAGCCUCUGGAUGCUGUGUACAGACAUCGCCCUGGAGUUUCCACGACCUACUUUACCUCAUGUGGUGUAUGUGGGAGGCAUCCUCACUAAACCUGCCAGUCCUCUACCAGAAGAAUUCCUAACAUGGGCUGAUACAACAGAAGAACAUGGCUUUGUACUGGUAUCCUUUGGAGCUGGAGUUAAGUACUUAUCAGAUGAUAUUGCUCAUAAAUUGGCUGGAGCACUGGGUCGGCUUCCUCAGAAGGUGAUUUGGAGGUUUUCAGGUACAAAACCCAGCAAUUUAGGAAAUAAUACUAAACUUGUGGAAUGGAUGCCACAAAAUGAUCUUCUUGGUCACGCAAACAUUAAAGCAUUCCUUAGUCAUGGAGGUCUGAAUAGUAUUUAUGAAGCGAUGUACCAUGGUGUGCCUGUAGUGGGAAUCCCUUUGUUUGGAGACCACUAUGACACAAUGACACGAGUGCAAGCUAAAGGAAUGGGGAUCCUUCUGGAAUGGAAGACGACGACAGAAGAAGAGCUAUAUCAGUCAAUGGUUAAAGUCAUACACGAUUCUAGGUAUAGACAAGAGGCUCAGUUGCUAUCCCAGAUUCACAAAGACCAGCCUGGUCACCCGGUAAGCCGCACGGUCUACUGGAUCAAUUACAUCCUCCGUUACAAUGGCGCCAAGCAUCUUCAUUCUGCUGUGUCCAGCAUUCCUUCUUAUCAAUACUUCCUUCUAGACGUAGCUCUAGUUAUGUUAGUAGGGGCACUUCUAAUUCUGUAUACACUGACCCGGAUUGUAAAAAUGAUUGCUGCAAGUGUGUGGUCUAGCGCAGUACAAAGCAAGGCCAAUGGACACUGCCAUAAUGGAAUACCAAAUGGUAAACACCGAAGAAACGGACACAUUAAGCAUGACAAAAAGCUCCUGUAUCUUCCAAUACAUUUUGACUACAAAGAUAGAGAAUAAUACCUGGACUACACUGAGUACGAUGAUGAAGGCAGUGAGAAA